GCGCAUUUAAAUAAUUUUUAAAAUAAUUAAGAAUUGUGUCGACAUCUCGCUGCUUAACCGUUAUCGUGUGUGUACCAGUGUUUUUUGUGAUUCGUGUGUGCCGUGUCCCGUUGCCCGAUUGUUUACGCAAUAUCCAGCCAACAAAAUUUUGCGGAGACCGACAUAAUAACCAUUAAAGCAAUUACAACAAUUAUAAACAACAAUAUCGAAAUGAGCAAUACAAAACGCAUGAACUUGAAAAACAAAUUUAAGCAUGCUUGAUCCAAUAUUAAGGCAUCCAGGUCUUAAUAGUGUCUACGAGAAAAGCCCCCGGAGCAACAGCACCAACAACAGCAGCAUCCGCAUUUUCCCUCAUUCAGCAUUAAGUAUACGCAGAGACAAGUAUUUCUGCUCCAGCGUUUUCCAUCUGGCCGCGUUUUCCGACUCUUCUAAGUGUUUUCCCAGACCAUCAUCAACUAUUCCGCCCCGAACCGCCGCCUUCGUCAACUCAAGCCACACAUGUUGGGUAAAUUCACAUCGAACCAUGUCCAGGUCUACCACCAGUACUCGCGACCUGUGCCCGUAAAGAAGCCCGUCAAGCACCAGCCGCGUAGUUGGAUCGAGACAAAUUUCCAGAAGCGCGAGUGCAUCAAAUUCAUACCAUGCCCGAAGGACGAUGCAAAAUGCUGCUGUGGCCAGGCCCAGAUCACGCAUCAGACGAUACCUGGCAUCGAGAGUGGGUCGCCCGGAGACCUCUGGCUGCCCACGAAGCACACCCGCCCACAGCCCACAGAUGCCUAUGGAACCAUCGAGUUCCAGGGCGGCGCGCAUCCCACAAAGGCCCAGUACGUUCGCCUGUCGUUCGACACGCGGCCGGAACUACUGGUGCAGCUAUUCACCAAGGAAUGGAAUCUGGAAUUGCCAAAACUUUUGAUCACCGUGCAGGGCGGCAAGGCCAACUUUGAUUUGCAGGCCAAGCUGAAAAAGGAGAUACGCAAAGGACUGCUGAAGGCGGCCAAGACCACUGGAGCCUGGAUAUUCACCGGCGGCACCAACACCGGCGUCACCAAGCAAGUGGGCGAUGCCCUGCUCCUGGAGGGUCAGCAGCGGACAGGACGAGUGGUCAGCAUCGGCAUCGCUCCCUGGGGCAUCGUGGAGCGCAAUCACGAGCUGCUGGGCCACAACCGCGAAGUGCCCUGCCACAGCAUUAGUUCGCCCAGAUCCAAGUUGGCCGUGCUGAACAAUCGGCAUGCUUACUUUCUGCUGGUCGACAAUGGCACCCAGGCCAAGUAUGGCGCCGAACUGAUCCUGCGACGCAAGCUGGAGAAAUUCAUAUCCAACCUGAAGCUUCACCCAUUCACACAUUCCAGUACGCCCGUCGUCUGCCUGGUGAUCGAGGGCGGCACCAACACGAUACGUGCGGUGCUCGAGUACGUGACGGAUUCGCCGCCGGUUCCGGUGGUCGUAUGUGACGGAUCCGGGCGUGCCGCCGACCUGCUGGCCUUCGUCCACAAAUAUGCUUCGGAUGGCGAGGAGCAGCCGGUACUGGAGUCCAUGCGGGACUAUCUCAUCGGGACCAUACAGAAGACCUUUGAAGUGGGACUGGACCAAUCCGAGAAGCUCUACCAGGAGCUGCUGCAGUGCACGCGGAACAAGAAUCUGAUUACCGUCUUUCGCAUACAGGAAAAGCCCGAGGGCGAGGCGCAGGAACUGGAUCAGACCAUCCUAACGGCCCUCUUCAAGUCACAGCAUCUCAGUCCGCCGGAGCAAUUGAGUCUCGCCCUGACGUGGAAUCGGGUGGACAUAGCGCGCAGCGAGAUAUUCGUCUACGGGCAGGAAUGGCCAAACGGCGCCCUGGACGAGGCCAUGAUGCAGGCGCUGGAGCACGAUAGAAUCGAUUUUGUCAAAUUACUCCUGGAGAAUGGCGUUUCGAUGAAGAAAUUUUUGACAAUACCGCGCCUCGAGGAGCUCUACAAUACCAAACACGGUCCGGCCAACACGCUGGGCUACAUCCUGCGCGAUGUCCGACCGCACAUACCCAAGGGCUACAUUUACACGCUCCACGACAUCGGCCUGGUGAUCAAUAAACUAAUGGGCGGCGCAUAUCGAUCCUAUUACACGCGCCGCAAAUUCCGGCCCAUCUACGCCAAGGUUAUGAACAGCUAUGCAAAUGCCUGCCGCAAGUCGUCGACCUACCAAUACCAGCGAUAUGCCGGAGCCAAUUCGCUUAGCCUGGUCACCGGCCUGCUGCCCUUCACCUCGGAAAUGGCCCUCUUCGAGUUUCCAUUCAACGAGUUGCUGAUUUGGGCCGUGCUGACCAAGCGACAGCAGAUGGCGCUGCUGAUGUGGACACAUGGCGAGGAGGCAUUGGCCAAGUCACUCGUAUCCUGCAAACUUUACAAGGCCAUGGCACACGAAGCGGCCGAGGACGACUUGGACACGGAAAUCUACGAGGAGUUGCGCUCCUACGCCAAGGAGUUUGAGAGCAAGGGCAACAAGCUGCUGGACUUUAGUUACCGCCAGGAUGCGGAGAAGGCGCAAAGACUGCUAACCUGUGAGCUGCACUCCUGGUCAAAUCAGAGUUGCCUUUCGCUGGCUGUGGCGGCCAACCAUCGUGCCCUCCUCGCUCAUCCCUGUAGUCAGGUGAUCCUGGCGGAUCUGUGGAUGGGUGGACUGCGAACCCGCAAGAAUACCAACUUCAAGGUCAUUUUGGGUUUGGCGAUGCCAUUCUACAUUAGACAGCUUGACUUCAAGUCGAAGGAGGAGUUGCAGCAGAUGCCGCAGACUGAGGAGGAGCAUCUGGAAAACCAGAACCUGGACAAUGAUGACUCGGAUCGUUCGCAGCCGGAUGCCGAGGCUCUAUUGGCGGAUACUUACUCAGUGCGCGAUACAAAAGUACACGAAAAUGGCAAAGUCUCACUCACCGACUCAGAUCCCGCCCAAUUCAGAGAGUUCUUCAAUCUUUCCGAGUACAAUGAGGUGAAACAGCACCAGCCGCUGCGCCUGAAAAAGAAGUUCUACGAGUUCUACACGGCACCCAUAACCAAGUUCUGGGCGGAUUCGAUUGCAUAUAUGUUCUUUCUUAUAAUGUUCUCCUUCACUGUGCUAGUGAAGAUGGACCAGAUGCCGCGGUGGCAGGAGUGGUACUCAAUAGCAUAUAUCACAACGCUGGGCUUCGAAAAGGUGCGCGAAAUAAUAUCCUCCGAACCGGUGGCCAUUACGCAUAAAUUCUCGGUGUGGGCGUGGAAUAUGUGGAAUCCGUGCGACGGAGCCGCCAUUAUACUCUUUGUCAUCGGUUUGGCAUUUCGAUUCCGGGAGAAUACGAUGGACAUUGGACGAGUCAUCUACUGUGUGGACAGCAUAUACUGGUACCUGCGUAUCCUGAACAUCCUUGGCGUGAAUAAAUACCUGGGACCUCUGGUCACUAUGAUGGGCAAAAUGGUGAAAAACAUGAUAUACUUUGUGGUCCUGUUGGCGGUCGUUCUGAUGAGCUUUGGUGUCAGCAGACAAGCGAUUCUCUACCCCAACAAACAGCCGACCUGGAGUCUCAUCAAGGAGGUCACCUUCCAGCCCUACUUCAUGCUGUACGGAGAGGUGUUCGCUGGCGAUAUCGACCCUCCCUGCGGCGAGGAUCCCAGCCAGCCGGGCUGCGUCACUGGCCAUUGGGUAACGCCGAUAACCAUGUCCAUGUACCUCUUGAUUGCCAAUAUUCUGCUGAUAAAUCUGCUCAUCGCUGUGUUCAACAAUAUCUUCAACGAGGUCAACUCGGUGUCGCAUCAGGUGUGGAUGUUCCAGCGGUUCACCGUAGUGAUGGAGUACCAGCAGAAGCCCGUCCUGCCGCCGCCCUUCAUCGCGCUGUGCCACUUCUACUCCCUGCUCAAGUACUGUGUGCGGAAGGCGAAAGGAUUGGAGGUGCAGCGGGACAAUGGUCUCAAACUGUUCCUGGAGAAGGACGACCUGGAGCGGCUGUAUGACUUCGAGGAGGAGUGCGUCGAGGGAUUCUUCCACGAACAGGAAAUCAUCCUCAAUCAGUCGACGGACGAGCGGGUUAAAAACACCACGGAGCGAGUGGAGACCAUGUCUCAGAAAAUCGAGGACAUCAAUCAGAAGGAAAAUAUACAAACGGCAACCGUUCAGAACAUCGAGUUCCGAUUGCGAAAGAUGGAGGAAUCCUCGGAGCAGAUACUCUCACAUUUGGCCGUCAUACAUCGUUUCAUGUCGACACACACGGCUGGUGCGGAUGAUUUGCGCGGUUCGACGAUUAACAUUCCGGGAGAGAUGCAGCGCAUGCGCACCAUCUCGAUUUCGGAUACGGAGGGCGGCGGCGGACCAGGCGGAAAUGGAGGAGGCGGUGGUGGUGGUGGAGCCAUCGUUCCACUUGGUCUGGGUGCUGGUCUGAAUUUGAAUUCGCUCCAGGUCACAACCCGGCGCCGCUUUAAUCGUUCGCUGACCGAGGUCCGGCCUGAUGCCUACAUCUUCGACGAGGGCACGCACUUUGAGGUGGUACCUCUGCCGGAGGAACCGGACGAAGUGGUCAAGUCCCGUGAGGCCCUCAACGAACAGGUGGUCCGCAAGGCGUCGAUGCAGUCGGAGGCAGACUCGGACAUCUACAUUCCCGUGUCGCAGCGUCCAUCGACGUGUGAGACAGUGAAGCGGACUCCGUACGUAACGGUGCGCCAGGAUACGGGUGCCAGCACGGAGAGCAAGGACACCCUAACGCCCAUGGGCAACAACGAUGACGACCAGACGCUCGUGGGAGGCGACAACUCUGAUGAUGCGACGCCAGACAUAAACUUUGAGGCUGCCAGACAUCGAGCACUGCGACAGCGCACGGUAUCUCUAUGCCGCCGCAACUCGGAAACGUACUCCUUAACCGGGGCGGACAUAAACCGGUCACACAUCAGCCUUAACCAGCUGGCCUCGUUAUCCCGCCGCCAGAUGAGCCUCACGCAAUCGGAACCGGACAGCGACAAAGAUGCGCCAAUGGCCCAGGGUUCUGCACAUCCGGGUAAAUCAGUAUUGCAUGCGAAACCCUCCAGAAAUAUCUUGCUGAAACUGCACAGCGAGUACACUUCGAUCACGGACGAGCUGGAGAGCGUCUGCCACAUGAUAGCAUCGCCUACGGUAUCCCUGCCAAGUAACAAAGCAUCUUUGGACCGCCCUAAAACCGAAAUGUCGCGGGCUGAGGCUGCGGCUUUGCUGGAAAAGAAGCAUCUGAAGGAGUGCGAAGAGAACGACUACAUGAUUCUGGAGGGACUGAUCGAGUCCCGCGGCUCAAUCGAUGCCAGCGCCCAGGGAUUCGAGAUUGGCGUAUCCAUAGACUACAGCCAUCGCUACCCGCUGCGACGAGAGACCGCCGUGGAGCUGUCACCUUCGAAGCCUUCGGUAGAUGGUGACCUGAUGGGCGGUGGCGAAGGUGGCGGCGCCGGUGGAGGCGAUAGUAGCGAUACCAGCGGGGCAGGUAGCUGCGGUGCCAUGGUCGGUAUCUCGAGUGGCUUCCAGCUGAAGAACGAGCGUCCCUGGCAGCGCAACUCCUCGAUGGAGCAGCAAACGUAUCCCUCACCUUUGGUGCCCACACGGGCCACCAGUGACUUCCUCAAUCCGCCGUACGAAGGCCGGCUGUUCAAGAAGUCCAGUGAGAGCCUACAGAAAAACUCCAGCACGGAGACGGACUACUCGGCUCAUCCGUACCGCUUCAUCAAGCAGAGCUCCAACGAGACGAACACCUCGCUGACGGGCUCCUAUAAUGUGGACACUCCCUCGCUGACGGCGGAGCCCUCGUUGGACGCCGGCGACUCGCACUCGGCGACGGGAAUAAGCAUCAGCGUUGGCGCUGUGGGCGGCACUGCCACGGCGCGUUACCAGCCCAUCCGUACCGCCUCGGUAGGCGCUGCCGAUGGUAGGCGUUUGCGGGAGGAGAGCUCUAGUUCGCUGGAUCUUAGCUCCUCGGGGCCAGUGACGAUGCAGGCAGCGCCGGCACCGCCAGUGCGUCCGAUGCUGCUAAAGAAACAGUUUAGCGUGGACCAGGGUAAGCCGUCUCAGACGGCCGCCGAGGCAGUGCCUCAGACACCGGAGGCGGCCCAGGCUGGUCAGGCCAAACUGAUUUCCACGCUCAAGCCGCAGCCCUUUGCGAGCAAGUUGGGCAUGAAUGUGCUGAAGGAGAGCAGCUCUAGCACGGAUGAGUCCGUCGGUUCGUCAGCCAAAAGCAGCAACCUGGCGCUAUCCAUACCCCAGAUCAGCACCCACCUGGUGCAGGACGAGAUCGCCAAGCUAUCGUCGAAUAUCAAGAGCAGCACCGAAUCGGAAAAGGAUCCGCCGUUCAACGAGACAAUGUGUUAGCAAAGUGGGAGGUCGACGACAAUGGAUCGUGCGUGUCCCACACUGUGCUCAAUGGGAAAACUAGUCAUAAGAGUGGGGUGAUAAAUAAGUUGUUGGAUCAGAUAUCAGAGGUUAUGCAUAUUUAUUCGAGGGGUUGCCAGUUAAGUACUUGUUAAUGAUUUUGACAAUACAUAGUUCACAAAUUCUCUGUAUUUUUAUACAAGUAUUUAUUUAGAAAGCCUCAUUGCUGUUGUUGUACACUAUUAAGGCAAACGAAUAGAAUAUCUGUUUUCGUUUAAUGUCAAUACAAUAGGUACCACCAAAAAUAUGCAUAUUGAAGCGCAUGAGUUAUGCGAUGCACAUAUUCACUUUUACAAUAUUUUAUUUUACUUUUACAAACUCCUAGAUGUAGUCAGCCAUACAUAUUGCAACGUUGCAAGCAACUUUCACACAGACAUAUCUAAAUGCAACCACUCUACUUUAUCCAAGCCUAUCAUGAGCACUUACCUCAGCUCAAAAAGAAACCUAUCGCAGCACAAUGUACUUAUGCCUGUCCAUGUCGGAGUUCCAUAUUGUAGUCUACGAGUUUCUCUACGAUAUGAGGUCUUUGGCAAUGUGUGUGUUAUCAUAUGUGUAUAACGUCUUCUUAGGUAGUACAUUUUACUUGCUUAUAAGGGUAAAUUCGUGUAUUUUGUGUGCAACUGUCUUUUUUGGCGGCAUAGAUAUUAUUGUACAUAAAUAGACUAAAUGUUAUAGGUAUGUUUAAAGAUUGCUAAAAUUGUUCAUGUUUGGCCAAUGUGUGCUAGUAAUUUAAAUUAGAUUUUUAAAUAUUUUCAAGGAUUAAGAAUAACAAUGCAUUUUAAUAAAAUAUUUAUGAUUGUACUUAUUUAUGUUAAGAAUUGUACGUUAUGUUUAUUGAAAUAAAUUAUUAACACUUAAAAAUUUAAAA